CGGUAAGACCUUUCUUUCAACUGACAGCCUCUGGCCGCAAUACUAACAGCACAAAUCAUAGGCUGGGACCAGCACUGCCGUGACGUCCAGCAAUAUGGCUUCCACGAUUUCGACAACGGCUCGUUCAGCUACGGCACCGUCUGGGACGCUAACUGCGUCUUCCCCAUCCCCGAGAGCCUGAGCUCCGUCGACGCCGCUCCCCUCAUGUGCGCCGGCGCCACCGUCUGGACCGUCCUCACCGAAUACGGCAUGCGCUCGACGGAACGCGUCGGUAUCAUGGGUAUUGGCGGUCUCGGCCACAUCGCCAUCAAGCUUGCCGCCGCCAUGGGUUACAACGUUGUCGUGCUGUCCAGCUCCGAGUCCAAGCGCCAGGAGGCCAUGGAGUACGGUGCCACUGAGUACCACGUCUGGCGGUCCGGCGAGGAGGCUCCCAAGGACUUCAAACCUCUCAAGCACCUGAUCCUCUGCGGUAGCGCGGCCAUCGACUAUCCUUCUCUCGUCCCUCUCAUGGACACCCGUGGAUCCAUCUACCCCCUCACUGUGGCCUUCGAGCCCGCUCAGGUCCCCAUGCUCGCUCUCGUCCUCAAGGGCGUUCGCAUCCAGGGCUCCCUGGUUGCCUCUCGCGAGAGCAUCCGCACUCUGCUUGAGUUCGCUGCCCGCAAGAACGUUCUGCCCACGAUCAUGACUUUCCCGUUCACGGCUGCCGGUAUCGAGGAUGCCAUGCGCACUCUGCGUGAGGGCAAGAUGCGUUACCGUGGUGUGCUCGUCCGCGAGUAAAUUUGUUGAUGACUUAUGAUGCUUAAUAAUUAUUCAUAGACUAGACGAUAGAGUGAUGAUCAAUAGACUGUAUAUUAAUUUUCAGAUUGCUCGGGAUUGUAGGUUGCCGUAGGGUUGUUCAUGUUGAUG